GAGCCGAAGAAGGUGGAGGGAGGCAAAAGAAAGAGGAGGGGAAGCAAAAGAAGGAACCAACCAUAAAGAACCAAACGCAGAUUGCAAAGGCAGCCUGGCCCGGCGCUGGCAGCUCCCAGCCCUGGGCGGGGGUCCCUGGCAGGCGCCUCCGGGAAAAGUGGAAGAGGUGGUGAAGUUUGCUAUUGAUACAGGCUACCGCCUCUUUGACUGUGCCUAUUUCUACCAGAACGAAAAGGAAAUAGGGAAUGCAGUGCAGCAGAAGAUCAAGGAGGGGACUGUGAAACGAGAAGACCUCUUCAUUGUCACUAAGUUGUGGAACACGUUUCACGAGAGGUCACUGGUUAAGGUAGCAUGCAAGAAGAGCCUUGCUGCACUGCAACUGGACUACCUUGACCUCUACCUGAUACACUUCCCUAUGGGAUUCAAGGCUGGUGAAGAACUGCAUCCUGUGGAUAACAGGGGUAUGAGUAUUCCCAGUGAUACUGAUUUUCUGGACACGUGGGAGGCCAUGGAAGAGCUGGUGGACUGUGGUCUGGUGAAAGCCAUUGGUAUCUCCAACUUUAACCAUGAGCAGAUUGAAAGAAUCUUGAACAAGCCAGGACUAAAAUACAGGCCGGUAAAUAACCAG